AAAAGGAAAACCAAAUUGUGACAGGAGUAAACUGAGGGAGUUAAUGCACUGGAGUUGUUUCACCUUAUUGCUCUUUAGAUUCACAGCUGGAAGAGAAAGGUCAACAAGUGGCACAGAGACUUUGACUUGGGAAAAAUCUUUAGUGCACAGACACAUGUUAUUUCUCUAGCCACUAAAUACCUUGAUUCCUGAAAUUAUGAUCUAGUACAUAGAGGCUCCCCUCUGCACACCACCUGCAGGGAGGGAACCUGGUCAGCAUGAACAAAGCCCUCUCUGUACACCAAAGCUGACUGCCUUUGGCUUUCUGGGAAAGAACAUUGAGCCCAGCACAUGGGCUGCAGGUUUUCUGUACUAGUCUACUCUGCCUUUGUGGGAAACUGUGCUAUUCCACUAAGCCAUAGAUCACUUCUCCAUUCUGUUGAACAUAAUGUGACUGGGAAUAUUUGUAAAAUACAUAGAGUGUGAUUUGAUCACAGAAAAAAAUGUUCAGUAUUUAGGUUUUUAAUAUUUCAUUUCUUGACUCUACAAAGAAAGUCAAAAAGCUCUUGUUUCUUCGGCAAGAAAAAAUGCCAGUUAGUAAAGGUUCGUCGGCCCUAGAUUUAAAGCUGACCGAAAUGUGAAGCUGUUAAACACAAACUACAAAUAAAACACCUAUCUAGGUCAAAAAUUCUGAAUAACAAUGAUUCUUCAAGAAAUAAUAGAGCAAAAAAAAAAAGAAACUUCCAUUUCUCAAGGUAUUUAAUCAAAGCCAGUUGCCUUUCUGAAAUGGAUGCAAAUAAACAUAUGUAAAAGGUGAAUGUAGGUGAACUAGCAGAGCACUGCUGUUUCGCAGCAAGGAUCACCACGUUUAAAAUAUUCAGGGUGGGAAGAAGGGUUGACAGGCUGAGAGAGUUAUGGCUGGUCAGCUUGGAGAGCAGAAGGCUCCAGGGAGACUUUGGUGCCUCUUCCAGUAUUUAAAGGGGGCUUAGAAAAAGGCUGGAGGGGUACUUUGGACAAGAGCGUGUACUGAUAGGACACAAGAAAAAUGGCCUUAAGCUGAAAGUGGGCAGAUUUAGAUGAGGUGUUAGGAGGGAAUUUCUGACUGUGAGUGCGGGCAGUGCACAGAGCAGCUGGGGCUGCCCCUGGAUCCCUGGCAGUGCCCAAGGCCAGGCUGGACAGGCCUUGGAGCACCCUGGAAUAGUGGAAGGUGUCCCUGCCCAUGGCAGGGGUGGCACUGGGUGGUCAUUAAAGUCCCUUCCACCCAGACCAUUCCACGUCUCUAUGACUCUGUGCUGCCCCUCCCUGCCAUGCCCAGCACCCAGAACCAGCCCCUCUGUGACAGCGGCCCUGGCCCGGGCACUGUGAGCACCACGAAGGCUGUGGCUGCUGUGGCGGUGGCCGCACUGGAGGUGACACCUCUGCCCAGGCUCUGCCACCUGCUCUGGCACCGAUGGCUCUUCUGUGGCUGCUCAUCCUGCUGGCCCUGGCCAGGCCCAUGUGGGGCAACUGGGACACCUGCAGGUCAGUGGUCCCAUUUAGGGGGUUCCCUGUUGGAGCCCCACAUGUUCCCCACACCCACACCACAGUGUUCCAGCCUCAGUCCCUGGAGGAGGAUCCUUAGUCCUUGACCAGUGCCCAGCUACUGGCACAAUCUGUCUGGGGGGCUGCAGUAGCAUGGGGGGGCAGAUGUGCCCCUCAGGGGUCCCGAGUCUUCCUGCCACUCAACACUGGGCAGGAAGGGACGACAGGGGACUUUCAGCCCAAGCAGCAGCAGCCACCAAGCAGAACAGUGAUGGCUUUGUGUUACAGAAGGACCUGCAGACUCCGGCCCAUGGCCUCUGACCACAGCUCUGUGACUUCUGCUGCUGGCACGUCCCGUGUGGGUGGCACCAGUGUCCAGCCAGGAGCCUGGCCCGGCAUCGUCAGCAUCCAGGCCACCUGGGAGAAUGGCACGUGGCACAUGUGCUCCGGUGUCCUCCUCAGCUCCCAGUGGGUGCUCACGGUCGCACACUGCUUCGCCAGGGCCGGGUAAGGGACAGCAGGGACAGAGAUGUCCCCAGAGCACGGGCAGGUGCCCAGCUCACAGCACCACGGGCCACUUCCCUGUCCGCCUGGGGAAGCAGAGGGCUGGGAAAUGCUGGGCUGCUGCAGCCCGUGGCUCUGUUCCCUGUCACCCCUCUGUCCAUCUGCUCCCCAGGGGCAUCUCCAUGUGGGAUGUGAUCAUAGGGGCCACGGAUCUGAGCCAGCCAGGCCCCAAGGCUGCCGUGAGACGCAUCCAGAGGCUCCUGGUGCACCAGCACUACGUGGCUGCCACGGCCAGGAACGACAUCGCCCUACUGGAGCUGGACCAGCCCGUGGAGUGCAGCGACUACAUCCAGCUGGGCUGCGUGCCCGACGCCUCGCUCAGGGUCUCAGAGCUGAAAUCCUGCUACAUCGCCGGCUGGAACUUUGCCAGAGGUGAGCUCCCCAGCAGCAUGUGUGCUCCGAGGGCCAGCUGGGCACCCCGGGGACACGGCCCGGGCACAGACAGAGUCCGGCCGCAGGACGUCAGCGGGGCCGGGCUCGCGGCAGCCCGGGCUGGGGGAAGGAGUCCCCGCCAAGACGGGGCGUGGAACGGGAUGAGCUGUAAGGUCCCUGCUCACCCAAACAAUUCCUGCUGGCCCCGUGAAGCCUCGGGAGAGAUGGGUCUGGCCCCUUCCCCAGGCCACCAGCAGGGACACAGCUGGACAACAUCGCUCCGUGGGAAAGGGGCACAGCCAGGCCCAGGAAGGGGAGGGGAUGGGUACCGAGCUGCUGGGGGCUCAUUCCCCUCUGUGCCCACAGCUCAGGGAACAGGCAUGGUGCUGCAGGAGUCCAAGGUCCACCUCAUGGACAUGGAGCUCUGCAACAGCAGCCGGUGGUAUGCGGGGGCCAUCCACCCCCGCAACCUGUGUGCUGGGUAUCCACACGGCGGCAUCGACACCUGCCAGGGGGACAGCGGGGGUCCCCUCGUCUGCAAGGACAAUGAAGCCGACUACUACUGGCUGGUGGGACUGAACAGCUGGGGAAGAGGCUGUGACAGAGCCAGGCACCCCGGGAUCUACACCUCCACUCAGCACUUCUACAACUGGAUCCUGCUCCAGACGGGCCUGAGCCCAGCAGAAAGAGCUGGUCCAGCACCGCAGCCAGUUGUCACCUCGGCCCCUGAGCAGCCUCCGAAACCAGAGAAACCAGAGGAACACAUCAACUUGACCCCUGAGUACAGCCAGAGACCAGCAGUGACAUCCUCGGGCACGUCACUGCCCAUGGCAUUCCCACACCAGAUCCUGGUGCAAUUCCGGAAUCUGGUGCAGGAGUUCCUGCAGUUUCGGAAGGACAAAAAAGCCUGAGCAGCAGCAGGAUCAGCAGGAUCCAGGGCUACAGUGGAUCACAGCAGCUCCUGCUGGGCCAAAGGUAGCCUUGGGGCCUUCUCUGUCCUGCCCACGCUGCUGCGCUGACGUGACUGAGGUGUUGAAGUAAAGUUUCUGUGUUCACCAUGAACCGUGUUUUCAGCCCUGCUCAGUGCACCCGCAGGCUCGCAGAGGCCCUGCUCUGUCUGUCCAUCUGCUGUGCUGGUCACAUUCAUUCUUCAGCCUGGAGAGGGCUCCAGGGAAACCUCAGUGCCCCUUGCAAUGCCUGAAGCAGGCUAUCAUAGUGGGGGAGAGCGGCUUUUUGCACGGGCAGGCCAUGACAGGACAAGGAGGAAUGGAUUAAAUCUACAGGAGGGGAGACUGGGAUGAGGUGCUGGAAGGAGUUUCUAGUCAGGGGGUGAUGAGGCCCUGGCCCAUGAAGUGUCCAAGACCAGGUUGGACAGGGCUUGGAGCAACCUGGGAUAAUGGCAGGUGUACCUGCUCAUGGGAGGUGGGAGAAUGAGAUGACCCUUAAGGUCCCUUCCAACACAAACCAUUCUAUAAUGCUACAAUUGCAAUUUAUAAAAGAAGAAUACUGAAAAAUUAUCCUCUUUGUCAUCAUUAAAGUUUUCAAAAUCUGAAGGUCCAGAGGGCAGACAAUUCCAGCCAUCGUGUCUGUGUUAUGACAGGGUGGAUUUUCCUCUGGUUGCUCUUGUUCCUUGCCCUUGUUCAUAAAAGAAUCUUAGAUUAAGUGACUAACUGUUAAAAGACUAAGAUUAACUGAUAUAGGUCCACCGCCACCAGUACCACACUUUUACUUCAUUCCUCCUGAGAUCACUAUCACUUUAUUUAGAUGAUAGCUUUUCUGACCAAAUUUGAAUUUGAGAACCUUCUUAUAACAUUGUUUACUGCAUAUCACAGGGCUCACAGGAGAACUCUGGAAUGCACAACAUCCUUGAAUAAAUUUUUAAUUCCUUGAACAUCCCAAGAAGGGAGAGAGGUGAAGUGAAAGAAAGACUUGUGCAAAAGCUGUAAAGGUUUUGCUUUACCUUAUAAAACUGCUCAUCACUAUUAUCAUCCUGGGCACAGAGGACUUUGGGAUGAGAAAAGAUAUUCUUUGAGGUCUACAGUUAGUUAUAGUCAUUACACCCACCACAAGACCUCAGCUACCCUAAUGGAGCCUGUCUGCUGCUCUGCUUAAGAAUUUUAUAAUAUUCCUAAGCAUUCCUUAACUCCUUAUGCUGUCUCACAUGUCCAAAAUAACAUUCUUUGUUGAUCCCUAAGCUUUCCUUCUUCAAGACUAACUCUGUGAUUUCCUACCUGGUUGUCAUGCCUCUUUUAAUGGAUUCUCCUUGACUCCAUUUCAGAACCUUGGAGCACAGAGUAAAGCUGAAUUUUCCCAGGAUGCUAUAAAUCCAGAUUUCUUUGUCAUUAAGAAUACACGCCUGCAAGCAUAGGCUGAAAUACACAUGGAUAAAAAGCAGGCAAAAGUGAGGGCCAUUGCACACUUAAAGGGAUUAUGGGGGCUACUGUUUUCUACCAGCAGUCACCUGGCACAGUGAGGAACACUGCCCACCCCCUCACUCCAGCUUCAUGCUGCACCUACCAGCACCAAGGAGAGCCCCAGACGUUGUCUGCCCAUGCAGUGUUAAUUUCAGCUGCCAAAUACCUGGAUAUUACUCUCCUGUGAAUGCUAUAAUGAUUUCUAUUGUGUCUGAUUCCUGUGGUCUCUAUGACCUCACACAGCUAUAUUUUUGAGUAAUAAGAACAUGUAAGAAGAAUAAUGAAAUUAGCAUUUUGCUAGUUAAAAAAGGCCAAGUCAAAUAAUUGGCAAUAAGGAAUUUUCAAAAUUCAAAGACAAACUUGCACGAGGUAGUUAGGUAAUCAGGUGUACUUAUGUUUAUGUCAUCUAUGUUAUUACUUGUACACAUUCAUUUGCUCCGUUCUUUAGCUACUUUACAUAAGCAUCCCUUGGCAACUUUCCCCACCAGUGUUUAAAAGAGAAAAUGUUUACAAGAGAAUAUUUGUGUUCUUUAUGUUUGCAAGACAAAGACUCUAAAAGUGCAGCAGUUGGAUCACUUUUAAGCAGCAUGAGACAGUUAAUUCCUUGCCAGAGA